UCGAUCGAUCCAGGUCAGGAAUGCAAGCAAAGAAAUCUGGCAAAUUCCAACUGUAAAUAUGUGAACUUUAUAGUUCAUAGUCCACGGCUAAGCCUCCUAUUUCUCGCUCGCUGUAACGGGAAGAAAGAAAUCUCAUCGGCCGCUCUCAUGAACCCUUCUUGCUGGGUUCUUUGUUUAAGAUCAUGAUCUAAUCUGAGAAAACGAAUCCAAAGAGACCCAUUUCGUCAAUUUUAAGGAGUCCAAGGUUUUCGAAGUCUAGUUGGGAAGUAGUAAGAGUUCUGAUCAACAAUUCUUUGACCUAUUUUCUGUACACUGAAGUUCUUUUGGGAGUUAUAGUGCAUAUUUUGAUUAGUACUAGGAUCUUGGAAAUAAAUAUGUCUGGUGGGUCACCAAUGGGAGGUGGUUUUGUGAGACAGAGGCAUAGUUAUGGUUAUUCAUCUGGAGGGGAAGAGCUUGAUGAAGAGGAUGAUGCAUGUUCCAGGUUUCGUCCUCAGCCACCAUUUAUUCAAUUGACACGAAGCUGGACAGAGAUUAUUGAGAAUUUACUUUGGAUUGUCUCUGCUAUCUUUAUAUUUUACUAUGGAGAUGGGAAUUCCAAUUUUUUUUACCUGUUGUGGCAUGAUCAUCGGAUCAAAAGAAUAGUGCUGUAUAUUGGAAUGGGGGGAAUUAGUUUGAACAGUAUGUUGAUAUUGUACAUGAGCAUGGUGGCUUGGAAAGUGAGCAAAUGUGGGGAGAAAUGGGAUAUUAUUUCAAAUUCAUCAUCUGGAGUUGGACUUCCCUUUAUUGCUUUCAUUGGUGUCACCUCCUUCUGCUUGUUGUCUUUUGCUUUAUGGCCAAUCUGGAGUUUACUCACUCUACCUCUUCUGUUCACCCUUUUUAUGACUGGAGGAGUGACAGUGCCCUACCUCAUCAUACUAUUGACAUCGAGGACUCCAACCGAAGUGCUGCGAAUCGAUUAGACAACAGAUUAUAGUAGGAAUGAACAAAGUUGAUUUAGAUUAGAAGGUUCUUUCUUUUGAUGGAAUGUCUUUGUGUCUGUUUGUGCAACAAUGAGAAACCAUGAUUGAUUGGUUUAUUAUAGAUAUAUUGAUUCUUUUGGUU